AUGAAGAGAUUUUUCUGUCCUAUAUCCUCCAAGUUGCCACAAUCAAGUUCAUCCGCUCAAAAUGCUCCUCGGGUGGAAGAAAACUUGAACCAAUUAGAAGAAACUCAUCAUUCCGCUAAAAGAUUGAAACAAGGGGUAGAUUUGGAUUCUUUACCGGCAGAUCCAAAGAAAAGAGUACCCAUUCGAGACUAUCAUCCGGAUGAACGUGAUGAGAUUAGACGAGCAUAUAUCCAAAGAGGUCCUCAUCAACCUCGAAUUCGCGAGUUUCCUCAAAGUGAUAUUUUUGGAUUAAAACACCGUUUUAAUCGCAAAUGGUUUAAAAAAUAUCAUGAUUGGUUGGAGUAUAGUGUGAUUGAAGAUGCAACUUAUUGUUUGUGUUGUUAUUUAUUUCAAGAUGAAAGCAUUCAUCAAGGUGGAGGUGAAACAUUUUCAAGUAUAGGGUUCAGGAGUUGGCACAAAAAGAAAAGAUUAGAUACGCAUAUUGGUAAGUCAAACAGUGUUAACAAUCAGGCAAAGAAGAAGUGUGAAGAUCUAAUGCGACAAGAACAAUCAAUUCAAGCCGCAUUUGUUAAGCUAUCAAAUCAAACCAAGCUUGAGCACAAAAUUCGCUUAAAGGCUUCAAUUGAAGUGGCGAGACUUCUCUUGAAUCAAGGAUUGGCAUUUCGUGGACAUCGUGAAGAUGAAUCAUCACUAAACAAAGGUAACUUUCUUGAAAUUCUUUCAUGGUAUGCGAAGCGGUGUGAUAAAAUUGAUGAACUUGUGUUGAAAAAGGCUCCAAAAAAUGACCAGAUGACUUCUCAUAAAAUUCAAAAAGAUAUAGUCACUGCAUGUAAGCUUGAAACAAUUAAAGCUAUUAUGGAGGAUCUAAACGGUGACUAUUUUUCAUUGUUAGUUGAUGAAUCUUGUGAUAUAUCACGUAAGGAGCAAAUGGCAAUUGUUUUGCGUUAUGUUGAUAGAAAGGGGUCUGUGGUGGAAAGGUUCAUAGGAAUUAUUCAUGUUCAUGAUACUAGUGCUUUAUGUUUGAAAGAAGCUAUUGUUAACUAUCUUGCGCAACAUUCUUUGAGUUUAUCUUUUAUACGGGGGCAAUGCUAUGAUGGAGCUAGCAACAUGCAAGGGCGUUUAAGUGGCCUUAAAGUUUUGAUUCAACAACAAAGUAAAUCAGCUCAUGCAAUUCAUUGUUUUGCUCACCAACUUUAG